AUAACCUUUCAGUGUUGACGUGUUCAUUCAUAUCAGGCAGUGGGUGACCAACCUUUAUCCUCGUGACUUCAGCGUCGAUUUGUCAAUGCGUUGUUUGGUUAGUCGGUCUCCACCUGAAGUACCACGCACGUUUCCAGUGAAGUGACAGGUUCAUAUGGAGUAUACAAGUAGCAUCAAUACACAGAUGUGUUUUUACCUCUUAAAUACAUAGUAAUCAUUCAUCAAAUCAUCAACAGGCAGAACCAAGAAGAGUUACAAAACAAGAUCAUAUCUGAGACUGGUUCUGUCGCGCAUCUAGUUGUCACGUCACCGCUUGGUUCGGUGAACAGAAUUGCAAAAGUUACCUACAGAUUCCAGCGAGAGAAAUCCCAAGAUGAGUAGAAUCAGUUUCUCAGUCUCGGUCUCAGAAAGCCAGGAGCCUUUGCCAAUAAAACCUCCUUCACUACGAGAUCAAGGAUAUGUUCCAAUACGUUAUGUGGUUGCUCUGAUGAGCUUCUUUGGUAUGGUAUUCAAUUAUAUGCUCAGAGUCAACAUCAACCUCACCAUUGUUGCUAUGGUCAAGCACAAGAAUUCGACCAAUUCGAGCAUUGAAGAUGUUUGUCACUUUGGAGACGGCAUUGAAGAUGAUCCCUCUGAAAGUGAAGGAGAGUUCGAGUGGGAUGAAUUCACCCAGUCCAUGAUCACGGGCGCAUUCUUCUGGGGCUACAUCUGGACCCAAAUCCCUGGUGGGAGGCUGGCUGAGCUCUUCGGUUUCCGGAGAGUAUUUGGGGGAGCCCUCUUUUUAGCCUCCAUCAUCUCCUGCUGUGUCCCUUUGGCGGCCAAAGGGGGAUCGACUGUACUUAUCCUUGUCAGAGUUCUGCUGGGAAUAUCUGAGGGGCCAACUUUCCCUUCCACGCAUGUCUUGUUAGCUAACUGGGCACCACCACUGGAACGCUCCAUCAUCUCGACUAUAGUCUACGCUGGAUCGCAGGCAGGAACGAUCCUUGCUUACCCGAUGGCGUCGGCCAUCAUUGAAGCUCUCGGCUGGGAAGCCGUGUUUUACAUCCAAGCAGGGUUGACUCUAUGCUGGUGUGUCCUGUGGUUCUUGAUCGUGGCCGACAACCCCACUCAGUCCAAGUGGAUAUCGACAGCGGAGAAACAGUAUAUCCUGAGCGCUACGGGUGCCACUAAAGAAAUGAAGGUUCUUCCAGUACCUAUCAAAUCCAUCUUAUCCUCCCCUCCGUUUUGGGCCAUCUUCGUUGCAGGUGUCGGGAACAACUGGGGCUUCUACACCUUGCUCACCGACCUCCCUCUCUACAUGAAAAAUAUGCUCAUGCAAGACAUCAAGUCGAAUGCUUUGCUGUCCGGGAUGCCGUACCUUGGGAUGUGGAUCUUUAGCUUACUGAUAAGCUUUGCUGGUGACAAGUUACGAAUGGCUGGUAAGCUGUCGACUGUAGCCGUCAGAAAAAUUGCUACCACUAUUGCGCACGCAGGACCUGCAGUGUGUCUCCUAAUCUUGACAACAAUCACUUGCAAUCGACCCGCCACGAUUGCUCUACUUUUCAUUGCCGUAGGACUCCAAGGCGGAAUAUACACAGGAUUUAUGGUCAAUCAUGUUGACAUUGCACCGAAUUUCGCUGGUACCCUCUUCGGGAUUACAAACGCUGCUGCGACGAUCCCUGGGUGGCUGGCUCCUAUGACGGUUGGUGCCUUGACCAAUAACCAGCAAACUUUUGAACAGUGGAACAAAGUCUUUUACAUAUCAGCCGCUUGGUUUAUCGCCGAUGCCGCCUUCUUGCUUUUUGCUUCGGGAACUGAACAACCUUGGAACUCUGUGUCUGGUAUUCCCACCGAGGAUGAAACUGACGGGACAAGACCGAAGAGACAAGAUUCGAAGAAGCUUGCGGAGAACACAGACAAGUCUUCAACAUCCAAGCAAGAACUGGAUCCCUACGAUAUUUACGUGACAAACCCUAAAUUCAGAACCACCUUUAUAAACAGAGCUUAUGAACGUGACUCGUAAGCCCAAGAGAAAUAUAUAUAUAUAUAUAUAUAUAUAUAUAUAUAUAUAUAUAUAUAUAUAUAUAUAUAU